GGGGGCGCGGGGCCUCGUGCACUGUCGCCCGUCCGCCCGGGCUCGGGGGUGGGCGGAGCCGUGUGCCGAGGCUGGAGCUCCCGGGCCGCUCAUGGGGACUGCCGGGGCAGCCCGGAAAUUCUGGGCGGUAGCGGAAUCGGUCCCCGGGACGGGGGCGGCAAAGAGACCCUCCAGACCCCCGGAGCGUGGAGGACGAAGAGGCCCCAAUAGGACGUCCUACUGCCGCAAUACCCUCUGUGAGCCAGGAUCCUCGGGGGGCUCUGGUGGGGGCCACACUUCCAGUGCCUCCGUCACUAGUGUCCGUUCCCGCACCAGGAGCAGUUCUGGAACGGGUCUGUCCAGCCCCCCGCUGGCCACCCAGACGGUUGUGCCCCUUCAGCACUGUAAGAUCCCCGAGCUGCCGGUCCAGGCCAGCAUCCUGUUUGAGUUGCAGCUCUUCUUCUGCCAGCUCAUCGCCCUCUUCGUCCACUACAUCAACAUCUACAAGACCGUGUGGUGGUUCCCGCCUUCCCACCCGCCCUCCCACACCUCCCUGAAUUUCCAUCUGAUUGACUUCAACUUGCUGAUGGUGACCACCCUUGUUCUGGGCCGCCGCUUCAUCGGGUCCAUCGUGAAGGAGGCUUCCCAGAGGGGAAAGGUCUCCCUCUUUCGCUCCAUCCUGCUGUUCCUCACCCGUUUCACCGUUCUCACGGCCACAGGCUGGAGUCUGUGCCGCUCCCUCAUCCACCUCUUCAGGACCUACUCCUUCCUGAACCUCCUGUUCCUCUGCUACCCGUUUGGGAUGUACAUUCCGUUCCUGCAGCUGAACUGUGACCUCCGCAAGACAAACCUCUUCAGCCACAUGGCCUCUAUGGGUCCCCGGGAGGCCGUGAGUGGCCUGGCCCGCAGCCGGGACUACCUGCUGACACUGCGCGAGAGCUGGAAGCAGCACACGAGGCAGCUGUACGGCCCAGACGCCAUGCCCACCCACGCCUGCUGCCUGUCACCCGGCCUCAUCCGCAGCGAGGUGGAGUUCCUCAAGAUGGACUUCAACUGGCGCAUGAAGGAAGUGCUGGUCAGCUCCAUGCUGAGUGCCUAUUACGUGGCUUUUGUGCCCGUCUGGUUUGUCAAGAACACACAUUACUAUGACAAGCGCUGGUCCUGCGAGCUGUUCCUGCUGGUGUCCAUCAGCACGUCAGUGAUCCUCAUGCAGCACCUGCUUCCUGCCAGCUACUGUGACCUGUUGCACAAGGCUGCUGCCCACCUGGGCUGCUGGCAGAAGGUGGACCCUGCCCUGUGCUCCAACGUACUGCAGCAUCCGUGGACCGAAGAAUGCAUGUGGCCACAGGGUGUGUUAGUGAAACACAGCAAGAAUGUCUACAAAGCCGUGGGUCACUACAACGUGGCCAUCCCCUCUGACGUCUCCCACUUCCGCUUCCACUUCUUUUUCAGCAAACCCCUGCGGAUCCACAACAUCCUGCUGCUGCUGGAGGGCGCUGUCAUCGCCUACCAGCUGUACUCCUUAAUGUCCUCCGAAAAGUGGCACCAGACCAUCUCGCUGGCACUCAUCCUUUUCAGCAACUACUACGCCUUCUUCAAGCUGCUUCGGGACCGCCUGGUACUGGGCAAAGCCUACUCGUACUCAAGCAGCCCCCAGAGGGACCUGGACCACCGGUUCUCCUGAGCCCCGGGACAGCCCCAGGGACAGUGGCCAGGCCUCAGCCAGGCACCCUCUGGAAGGGGCUGUUGGGGAGGGAUGGGUAAGGGCAGGGAAAAAAAGGGAAAAAAAAAUCCAGCAGAGCUUUGUAUUUUUGUUACAUACUGUUUCUUUCUUUGAUAAUUGAUGUGAUUGUGAGGGGGGAAAUGUCCUAUUUUUAUACUCCCAAUAAAUGUGUGUCCUAUGUAAAUUUAUUUAUUGGG